AUGAGCCCCGACGACAAGGGCUACUGGCGGGCACUGGACGAGCACCUCGAGUCCACCAAGACCCUCAAACACAUGUACGAGUCAACCUGGUACAAGUGCAGCAAGCUGUCCAACGGGAUGGCAGAGCGCUACCCCACAACGCAGGCCAUGGAGGAGGCGGCGCUGCCCCACAUCCUGUCAUGGCUCGGGAUCCGGGAGGACCAGCUGCCGCGGCCGGGAGCCACCGCAAACUUUGACCAGCUGGUGGGCCUGCUGGACGCGGUCAACGCCAGCGCACACCUGGUGACCGACCCGCUACCGUUCUUGGCCACCCAGAUGGUGCCCACUGACAGGAACGGCCUGCCCCUGCUGGUCCACAUGACCUUCAAAGACAAGGGCACCUUCGCCAGGCACCACCUGCUGUCGCUGGCCAGCUGGGCGCGCAGUAACCCCGACUAUGCCAUACUCAUGUAUGACGACAGGGACCUGCAGGAUUACCUAACAGCAUACCUGCAGGGUGCAGCCCAGCUGUACCAGUCGCUGAAGACGCCGGUGGAGCGCAGCGACCUCUGGCGCUACGCGGUGAUGUGCAACCACGGCGGCAUCUACGCAGACGCCGACACGCUGUGCAUACGGCCCGUGCAGGAAUGGAACCGCGAGAACGGUCACGACGCCGAGGUGUUUUUCGGCGUGGAGGACAUUUUCAGGCGCGACCCCUCUAGCGGCGGCGCCGGCUGGGGCCUGGACCAGGGCCGCUUCGGCGUCCAGUUUGAGCAGUGGGUGCUGGCCACGGCGCCGCGGCACCCGGUGUACUGCGGCGUGCCCCAGCUCAUCAGCGAGCGCGUCGCGGCCGAGGCCAGGUCCCCCACGCUGCGCAGCGCGGAGGACAACUGGUCCAUCCUGCACCGCACCGGCCCCCACGUCUGGACGGACUCGGUGCUGCGCUGGACGCACGCGCAGGGCAUCGGCUAUCACGAGGGCCUCCAGCCCGGCGGCCGCCUGGUGGGCGAUACCGCAAGGAUCAUGCCCGGCGAGACGUUUGGCUGCGCAGCGCACUUUUUCAGCAACGAGACCCGCCUGGACGAGGUGUACGUCAUGCACAUGUUCCGCGGUGUGUGGCGCAAGCGGCCGGGCGAGGGCGCGUCGGGCGCCGUCGCGGGCGGUGGGGCGCAGCGCGAGGUGCUGGGCUUCUGA